GGCGGCCGAGGAGGAAAAGCGAGAGCGGAGAACGGCCGGGAGGCCAACCGUGUGCCCGUGAGCCAAGCAGGCGACAGACGCCUCCGGGCCAGUUCAACAUGCGAUCGUACGGCGUGCAGGCAGCGGAGAAGAAGGGAGCGCUGGAGAACGGUCCAGAUGUACCGCCGGAAGGAUCGCCUGUGGAUUUCGAAAAGGCCAUUGCACUCACUGUGCGACCUACAACUGACGUCGGUGGCGAAGGGCGCGCUCAACGCCAUCACGUACGCCGGCAUGAUCAGCUCGUCGCUGCUGUGGGGCGCGCUGUCCGACCGCCUGGGGCGCCACCGCCUGCUCGUCGCGGGCUACCUGCUCGAUUUCGCGUGCGGAGCCGCCUCCGCCUUCGCGCGGGAGCUCUGGGUCAUGCUCCUGCUGCGCUACCUCGUCGGCUUCCUAAUAUGUGGACCCUACGCCAUUCUCAUGUCCUAUUUGGCAGAAUUCCAUGGAGCUCAAUAUCGUUCCCGCAUCAUAAUGUUCACUGGAGUAGCGGUGUCAAUAGCGAAUUUCUCUCUUCCAGCGCUGGCGUGGGGGCUGCUGCCGAUGCCGUGGGAGUACUCGCUGCUGGGCGGCGCGUUCGUCUUCAAGCCGUGGCACGCCUUCGUGCUGCUGUGCUCGACGUGUGCGCUGGUGUCGGGACUGUUGGUGCUGCCCUUCGGGGAGAGCCCCAAGUUCCUCAUGUCGCGCGGCCGCCGCGAGGAGGCGCUGGCGCAGUUCCAGCGCGUCUACGCAGCCAACACCGGCAACCCGCGCGACAUGUACCCG